CGAAGAUGGAUGAGCGACCGCCCUGAAGAACAUGUGCUUACUUACUCCACUUCUUCAGCUCCUCCGCGCAAGAAAGUAACGCUCCAACACCUGCACGCAUUGCGCUCUGCGCGCACCCCGAUCACUGUCCUCACCGCCUACGACUUCCCCACCGGGCGCGUUUGCGAAACGCAAGGCGUCGACGUCACUCUUGUCGGCGACUCGCUUGCGCAGGUCUGUCUCGGCUACGAUGACACCACGCGCCUCACCCUCGACGAAAUGCUGCACCACGUGCGCGCGGUCGCGCGUGCCUCGCACACCCCGCUACUGGUCGCCGACAUGCCCUUCGGGACAUAUCUCGCGAGCUCUGAGGAGGCUAUCCAGAACGCCGUCCGUCUCGUGCGCGAGGGCGGCGCCGAAGCGGUGAAGAUGGAGGGCGGGCUUGAGAUCAUCGAGACCGUGCGGCGGCUCACGAGCGUCGGCAUUCCCGUAAUGGGGCACAUUGGCCUCCUCCCGCAGCGGCACGUCAUGCUGUCGGGAUUCAGGGCGCAGGGGCGGACCGCAGAGGGCGCGCUUGACGUGCUGCAGACCGCGCUAGCGCUUGAAGACGCGGGCGCGUUCGCGAUGGUCCUCGAGGCGAUCCCGCACACACUCGGCACAUACAUCUCACAGCGCCUCACGCGCGCGGCGACCAUCGGCAUCGGCGCAGGCGCGGGAACCGAUGGGCAGGUGCUCGUAUGGGACGACAUGGUCGGAACCUGGAACGGAGGGCACAAGGCCAAGUUCGUGCGGCGCUUUGCGGACGUCGGCGCAGAGGCCACGCGCGGCGUGCAGGGGUACAUGGCUGCAGUGCGGGAGCGCAGUUUCCCCGCGCUGUCGGAGAGCUACGGCAUGCCGAAGGCGGAGUGGGCGCGCUUUGAGCAGAUGGCGGGGCCUGUACGGUCGGGCGAGGGUGGUGCGGACGCGGUAGAGGUCGCUGGGGUCGCUUCGGAAGAGGGCCGAUAGGGCGGCAGGGCUGACGGAAUGAGGGC